AACACAAAAUUGGCGCCUUAAAACACUUCUUAUCGUGUCGACACUUUCUCCCAACUCCCAAAAUCGAGCACCCACUGAGUCCACCAUGAACCCUAGAGCUAUGGUGAAGCUUUCUCAGCUCCUUAAUUCCAGGAACAAGUUGUCUCAGCAUAAAUUACUUGGGGAAAGUAUUGGAAAUUGUUUCAAGUUGACUUCCUCUGCUGCUGGCAUUUCUACUUCUAGACAAAGUUAUGGUGCUGAUGGGAAGAUUUCCGGCCGAAUAUUUGCAGACUAUUCAAUUUUCAAGGGCAAAGCUGCACUAUCUGCUGCACCUGUUCUUCCUACAUUUAGUAAAUUGGACUCUGGUUAUACAAAAGUAGAACGGCGUGGCACUAUUAUGCUGACAUUCCGGCCUGCUAUUGGUGAGCGGAAAUAUGAUUCAGAAAAGAAACAGUUGUUUGCAUUGUCAGUGACGGAAAUUGGGUCCUUCAUAAGUUUGGGUCCGCAAGAUUCUUGUGAAUUUUUCCAUGAUCCAUCAAUGAAGUCAAGGGAUGCAGGUCAAGUGAGGAAAAGCUUAUCGAUUAAGCCAAUCACCGAUGGUUAUUUCAUUUCUUUAAGUGUGACGAACAAUGUCUUGAACCGUACUGACCGCUUUACAGUUCCUGUAACUACAGCAGAGUUUGCAGUUAUGCGCGCAGCUUUCAGUUUUGCUUUGCCUCACAUCAUGGGAUGGGCACAUAGCACCAACCAACACUCCAAUAAUGUCGGUCAGGAUUUUUCGAAGGUGCAUCCACAAUUAGCAGCAGCUUCGGAGUGGGAUAGGUGAUGUUUUCAUGUCGUUUACAUAUUGUUAUGUUUAUCUGCAAUUUACGAGUUAUGAAUUGUUCCGAAACCGAAAGGGUAGGAGGGGAAAUUCCAUUAAAAUGGGUAUGGUUUUGUUGGGGUUGUAGCCUUGUAGGGUUCAAUUUAUAAAAUGUACUUACAAGUGGAACUAAGAUAUAUCUAUUUGCAUUUCUGGUUGGUGUUAAGUACCUAUGAUGACAUAGGGAAGGUUUGAAAGUAUAUUUUUAUCUACGCAUUUCACCACUCC